CAAACCGAAGAAGGAAGGAAGGGCCGAGAGCGACAAGGGAAAGCCAAGCCAAGCCUUACUGCAGCAGCCAUGGCGUCGUCCGGACUCGAGCCCAUCGACGUGGACAGCAUCAUCGAGAAGCUGCUGAGCGUGCGCGGCGCGCGCCCCGGGAAGCAGGUGAACCUGACGGAGACGGAGAUCCGCGGGCUGUGCCUGCACGCACGCGAGGUGUUCCUGGCGCAGCCCAUUCUGGUGGAGCUGGAGGCGCCCAUCAAGAUCUGCGGUGACAUCCACGGCCAGUACUACGACCUGCUGCGUCUGUUCGAGUACGGCGGCUUCCCCCCGGACGCCAACUACCUGUUCCUCGGGGACUACGUGGACCGCGGCAAACAGAGUCUGGAGACCAUCUGCCUGCUGCUGGCGUACAAGAUCAAGUACCCGGAGAACUUUUUCAUCCUGCGCGGCAACCACGAGUGCGCGUCCAUCAACCGCAUCUACGGUUUCUACGACGAGUGCAAGCGCCGUUACAACAUCAAGCUCUGGAAGACCUUCACGGACUGCUUUAACUGCCUGCCCGUGGCUGCCAUCGUGGAUGAGAAGAUCUUCUGCAUGCACGGCGGCCUGUCGCCCGAGCUGAGCCAGAUGGAGCAGAUCAAGCGCUUCGUGCGCCCCACGGACGUGCCCGACACUGGCCUGCUCUGCGACCUGCUGUGGUCCGACCCCGACAAGGACAUUAUGGGCUGGGGAGAGAACGACCGCGGCGUAUCCUUCACGUUCGGCCCGGACAUCGUGAGCCAGUUUCUCAAGCGCCACGACCUCGACCUGAUCUGCCGAGCCCACCAGGUGGUGGAGGACGGCUAUGAGUUCUUUGCCAAGCGUCAGCUGGUCACGCUCUUCUCAGCACCCAACUACUGCGGCGAGUUCGACAACGCCGGCGCCAUGAUGUCUGUGGACGAGACGCUUAUGUGCUCGUUCCAGAUCCUCAAGCCUGCGGAGAAGAAGCAGCGUUAUGCGUACAACGGUCUGGGCACGCAGCGUCCGGCCACGCCGCCGCGGAAGUAGGAAGAACGCUCGAAGAACGCCAUGCAGAUUUCGUUAGGGUCUGUAUUGUGCUAAGCAGCGAGGGUCGGCCGGUCGGCCGGCCUGCAUAGUCAUCCAUCCCCAUACAUGUGAUUUGAUUUUAUCGAUAUGAUAGCGCGAGCUCGAUUGAUUGAACACGCACCCCCGUCCUCCUCCCUCCAGCAGAGUUAAUUGCAGCAAGGUAUCGACCGCUGGAAGCUCGCCACGGGGUGCUUCAAC